AUGCUUAUGAAGAUCAAUGCUAAGAUGGGUGGAAUAAACUCUUUGUUGUCAAUUGAGUUUUCAAAUGCUAUACCAUUGGUGUCACGGACUCCCACUAUAAUCUUUGGGAUGGAUGUCUCUCAUGGGUCACCUGGACGUGCUGAUGUUCCUUCAAUUGCUGCUGUUGUAAGCUCGAGGAAAUGGCCGCAAAUUUCGCGAUACAGGGCGUCUUUUCGUGCACAGGCUGCAAGAGUAGAGAUGAUCGAUGGCUUGUUUGAGCCUGUUUCAAAGGAUAAAGAUGAAGGAAUGAUAAGGGAGCUGUUGGGUGACUUCUAUUUAAGCACUCCAAAAUUGAAACUGAAGAACAUAAUUAUAUUCAGAGAUGGUGUAAGUGAAUCACAGUUUAAUCAAGUGCUCAACAUCGAGCUUAAUCAAAACAUUGAAGCGUGUAAGUUCUUGGAUGAACAAUGGGAUCCGAAGUUUCUGGUGAUUGUAGCACAAAAGAGGCAUCAUACCAAGUUCUUCCAAGCCAAUGUCCCACCAGGGACAAUCGUUGAUCAUAAAGUCUGUCAUCCGAAGAACAACAACUUCUAUUUAUGCGCUCAAAAUGGAAAAAUUGGGACUACACGACCUACACAUUACCAUGUGCUUCUAGAUCAGAUUGAGUUUUCUGCUGAUGAGUUACAAGAGCUUGUUCAUUCGCUAUCCUAUGUUUACCAAAGGAGCACAACUGCUAUCUCUGCAGUUGCUCCGAUCCGCUAUGCCCACUUGGCAGCAGGACAAGUGGCACAGUUUGUGAAGUUUGAUGACAUGUCAGACACUGCGUCUAGUCAAAGUGGUGGUGAUGCAGGUGGUUUCACCCAGUUGCCCAAGCUUCACCAUAAGGUAUCCAGUUCGAUGUUCUUCUGCUGA